AAGGUUCAUUGCUUUGAAGAUGGUUCUCCAGAUUUUAUUCAUACACAAAAAAAGAAAGAAAGCAUCUGUCUGAUAAUUUUAAUGUCCCAGAAAUAUCAGCUGUUUUCUGUUUUUUGCUGAAUCUUGCACGCUCUUUCUGGCUAUUUCUCCCUGUUCCAUUGGCUCUAGUUUUAUUUGGUGAGUGAAUUAUGACAUAAGUUUCAUACUUUGCCUUUCUUUUUUUUUUUUCCAAAGCUUCUUGGUCAUCAGCACCAAAAUUUCAUAUUACAGUUGAGUUUCUUGAAAAAUAAAAAUUGUGACCAAAUCCUGCCUGUUAGGUUGUUUUCUCUGUUCUGAUGGAAGAACUUAAUUUUGGCCAUGGCUCAAAUUCAGUCUCUUCUGAUCAAAACCUUGUAAAUGGGCUCCAAGUAAAUCAUGAACCCACCAAUAAACUUCUCCUUCCAGCCAACUUAGACCGUCCUAGUGAUUCAGGCACUUGUUCAGAGGGUGAUACUGUUGACGGUAGGGACUGCAAUCUUCCUGUGCUCAAGUACAUAAGUGAUAUUCUUCUAGAAGAAGACCUGGAGGGUAAGCCCUGCAUGUUGGAGGGCAUUUUGGGCCUCCAAGCUGCUGAAAAAUCUUUCUAUGAUGCCCUUAAUCAGAAGGAUCCUCCUUUACCUAACCAACCCUCUUUCUCUGUGUAUCAAAGCUUUGAGAACUCAGAUGGUGGUUUUCAGAGCAGUAAUGGCUCUAUUUCUGGUUUUCAAAGCAGUAAUGGCUCUAUUGCUGCUAAGACAGGCAGCGUUUGGGAUUUUUCAGAAACAUCUCAUGUCCAAACUUCUCCUGUUGAGUCUCUCUCUGAUACAGCUUUGGUUUCAGAUUCAUUUUCUGAUAUGCAAAGUCUUGGGAAUUUUAGAGGUGUAGGGGAAGGAAAUGAAAUCAUUGACCUUGAGGGGUACCAGUUUACACCUCCAGGUCCUAACACACUGUACAGGAAUUUAGCAUCCGUGCAAGAGAAUUAUGGCUACAACUCAACAAAUGGAUCAAAGGGAAAGAAGAAUCAUCAAAGGGAGGAAGGUCAUUACACAGAAGAAGGGAGAAGCAACAAGCAGUCAGCUGCUUUUGCUGACGAUUCUGAUCUCCAAGAAAUGUUUGAUAAGGUAUUACAGGGUGUGAAUCCUGAAUCCGAGUCCUGUUUUCAUGAUGAAUCUUUAAACGCUGAGGGAACUAGGAAGUUGCAGCACAACAAGCAGUCAAAAGGAUCUAAGACAACAUGUUCAAAGAAACCGAACAGCAACCGGCAAGUAGUAGACUUGUGCAAACUGCUAACUGAAUGUGCACAAGCUGUGGGAAGCUAUGACCAACAAUCUGCAAGUGAACUUCUCAAGCAGAUAAGACAGCAUUCUUCCCCCUAUGGUUAUGCAACCCAGAGAUUAGCUCAUUACUUUGCCGAAGGCCUAGAGGCACGCUUGGCUGGUGCGAGAUCCCUAUCAUAUCCACCUCUUCUAUUUAUGCACGCAUCAACUACCGAAAUCUUAAAAGCGUAUCAGGUGUAUGUUUCUGCAUGCCCCUUCAAGAAGAUGUUACACUUCUUUGCCAACAGAACAAUUAUGAAACAAACAGAGAAGGCAACGAGGCUUCACAUUAUUGAUUUUGGUAUUUCUUAUGGUUUACAAUGGCCCUGCCUUAUCCAAAGUCUCUCAGAGAAAACUGGUGGACCUCCUAAUCUUCGUAUCACAGCAAUUGAGCUUCCCCAACCAGGUUUUCGACCAGCCGAAAAAAUUGAAAUGACAGGGCGCCGCUUAGCUAAAUAUUCUAAGAGGUAUGGUGUCCCAUUUGAGUAUAAUGUCAUUGCUAAGAAAUGGGAAACCAUCCGACUGGAGGAACUUCAAAUUGACAGAAAUGAAGUGAUCGUGGUUAACUGUAUGCACCGGUUGAAGCAAAUUCCUGAUGAAACAGUAAUGAUGAACAAUCCAAGAGACGCUGUCUUAAAUUUGGUUAAGAGAAUUAAUCCAGACCUUUUCAUGCAUGGGGUUGUCAAUGGGACAUACAAUGCACCUGCCUUUGUCACACGGUUCAAACAGUUGCUCUUCCACUUCCAAGCGCUAUUCGAUAUGUAUGAGGCCACUGUCCCCCACGAAGAUGAACAUCGGUUGUUGUUCGAAAGAGCAAUAUUUGGCAGGGACAUAAUGAAUGUCAUAGCGUGUGAGGGAGUGGAAAGAGUUGAAAGGCCUGAGACAUACAAGCAGUGGCAGGCUAGGUAUGUGAGGGCUGGGUUCAAGCAGCUCCCAUUAGACCGGGAGCUCUUGAAGAAGAUGAAGACUAUGUUGAAGAUGAUGGGGUAUCAUAAGGAUUUUGGAAUUGAAGAUGAUGGUGAGUGGAUGCUGCAGGGAUGGAAAGGAAGGAUUAUCAUAGCUCUUUCUGCUUUGAAGCCUGCAUAGGAGUUUCACAAUUUGACUGCAGGGUCAUGUCCUAGGAGAAUGUUUUUAAGAGCAAAUAGCCAUUUCACAAUUUGUGUUCUCUUUGAUCUUCAAUGUUUCCUGUACCCUUUUUUUUAAAAUCUUAAAUUUUCAAUUUUUUUAAAUCUGCCAAAUGGAGCUUGACCUA